CGCAGAUGGCUUCGUGCAUUGCCUCCAAUUGAGAUGUGGGUGGUACUGAGGCCCAGUGGCAAGGUGGGGGACUGCUUCUACACUGAUCCACUAAUAUCCGGAUUUAUUUUGCUGUUCAAACUCAGCAACUUCCCGACAGCUUUGGAACGGAGUCCAUCUACGAAUUGUUGUACUGUCAGGUUCUUCUGUCGAGCAGGAAUUUCGCCGGAAUGAUGCAUACCUUUUCGUGAAGUGUUUCCUUAGUAACUGCUGCGCCGAGGUUACUGACGUUUGACUCUCCUUUUGCUGCUAGGCAUGCCAGGAGUAUGUGUGAACGGUCCGCGUCAAGCCCGACGGUACUCAUGGUGGAAAGGAAAAGGAGGGAAAAGGACGUCAACGAAGUUACACAGGCGUCCCCGACCUUCGUCUUGGAUUACGAAUAGCUUCCGAAUCGGAAGUGAACGUUUGAACAGCUGUAUUAAGGGUCAUCGCGGUACCUGUGGGUACCGGUGCUGGGUGCACGAGGCACUCGAAUAUGAAUGUGCGAAGUGUCGCAUUUUCAGUAGCUACGAGUGUCAAAUCUUCACUGCGCUUGCUUCAGUCGCCCUCUCGACUGGAAUCAUACUCUGUCUUCGAUCGGGGUGCAGCUUGGAGUUGCUUGUGUCUUCCCAAGCACAGGCGACCUACUGGCGGCCUUCUGUCAUUUAUGCGGCUGAGACUGUUCCUUGGCACAGUGGACUUCCUUGUCACCGCGGACGAAGAGGCAGGGAGAUAUGUAGAACGACUUUGUUGGAAUAGACUGGUAGGUUCUUGUAUGUUCAUUUAAUGCGCUUCUCGAUUCGUCUUAGCGAAGCCGCCCUUUCAUCUUCACUUUAUAAUUAGCUCAGGUUCUAUAAGUACAUCGAAAUUUGUGUUUCGGAAUGUUCCUUUUCCCUUUUUGAUACAUCUAUCAAAGUUUACGCAGGCGCAGCACCGAG